CCCGCUCGACUCCGAGACCGCGAGCUCGACGAUCGGCGAGCCCGCCCAGCCGAGCCCGACCGUGCCCUACGCCAGCGACGACCCCAACGACUGGCUGUGGAACAAGACAACGACGACGGACCCGCAGCCCGAGCGGGGCACCCUCGGCGCGAGUAUUCUCGGCCCGCAGAACCUCGCGAUCGACAAGCAGAACUCGGACAUCCUUGCGCCGCCUGACAUCCUGGCACACACCAUAUAGGGAUCGACGCAGAUCACGUCCGUGGACCAGUUCGGGCGCAACUACGUCGCGAACGUCAACACCGGCGACCUCUGGUACUUCCCGCCUGGCAUCCCGCACUCGCUCCAGCGCACGAGCGACGACCCGGGUGGCACCGAGUUCCUCUUGGUCCUCCCGGACGGCAACUUCAAUGACCAUGAUACCUUCCUACUCACCGACUGGAUGGCGCACCUCCCCAAGGAGAUCAUCGCGAAGAACUUUGAGGACAGCAUCUCCGACUGGGAUGAUAUCCCCGGGGAGAUGCUUUACAUCUUCCCUGGCGUGCCUCCUCCGUACAACCAGCAGCCGCCAUCCGACCCCCAGGGCCAGAUCCCGGAGCCGUUCUCGUACAAGUUCUCGAAGGUGGCGCCGACGCAGUACUCUGGGGGCACGGCGAAGAUCGCGGACUCGACCGUGUUCAACCUCUCGACACAGAUCGCCGUCGCCGAAGUGACCAUUGAGCCGGGCGCGAUGCGCGAGCUCCACUGGCACCCGAUGCAGAACGAGUGGGACUUCUUCCUGUACGGCACCGCCCGCGUGACGAUCUUUGCGGAGACGGGCAUCACGCAGACGUUCGACUACCAG